AUGCGCCAUGUUAGAACUUGUGACAUUACUCCUUUUGAUCUAGAGAUUGAAAGAACUCUCAGAGCACUAAGAAAGAAGAAGGUACUAGCCAAAGAGAAUGGACAACAGAAUGCGCAACCACGCGCCUUGAAGGAUUAUGUACGGCUAGUUGUGAAUGUCAACUACUCAGGUAUAAGAUGGCAGACCAUUGAUGCCAAAAAUUUUGAGCUCAAACCCGCCUUGAUCAGCAUGGUGCAACAAGCCCAAUUUAGCGGAUCUCCACUUGAUGAUCCCAAUAUUCAUUUGGCAAUGUUUCUAGUGAUUUGUGACACUGUAAAGAUCAAUGGUGUUACUGAAGACACCAUUAGACUGAUAUUGUUCCCUUUUUCUUUGAAGGACAAGGAAAGAGAUUGGCUACAAUCUCUACAACCGGAAAUUGAUGCUGCAUCUGUGAGAAAUUUGAUGUCAAAGACACUUGAGGGUGCUACUUCUCUUUUGGAAGAAAUGGCCUCAAAUAACUAUCAAUGA